UACGCCAUAUUGAAAGUUCUAAGUGGGAAGUCGGUCAAACGCUGACCCUAUUAGUUAUUUCUAUUUAUUGUGUGACGAUAUUGAUUUAAAAACUUAUUCUAAAUUUUUAUUACGUAUUUAGUGAACUAUUUGUUGUGAUUUAAAAUAAAACAAGUGCGUUUUUACAAUUUGCAAUUCGCCUAAUGAAUACGUCACAGCGCCAUGUUGUAUUCCUGCGCUGAUUGCAGGCACGAGAAAUCUGCCAACCCGUUUAUUUUCCGGGAUUAGUUCCCGAGAAUAAAUCGAACUGCGAUUUUGUACUCAAAUAUAUUUUAAUUUAUAUUUGUUGGCAAAUGUCAAACAACUUUAGUGGAAUAGAUGCAUCCCUGUCAUCGAAUUUUAAGUGCUAAUUCCUAAAUCCACUGCAUUUUUGUGCAUCCGCGAAAGUUGAAAGGACUGUGUUGUAAAAGAAAGAAGUGACAAUUAGCCAAAAUUCCGGUCCCUACGCGCAGACGAGAAGGUGCCUACCCGCCGGGGCAGUCAGGCGAAGGAGAAAUGAACAGUAACAAGCGUAAAAACCGCCAAGGGCCGCCGAGGUCACCACGAGGGCGCGUGGUGCCAGAAGGCGUCUACAAUAACGCGCACUUCAUGCACGCAGCGACGUCGCACGUCGGCGACAUCGUGCAGGUGCUCACCCAAUCAGGAAGCCUCUGGGAAGGCGUCUUCAAAACAUUUAGCGCUCAAUUUGAGGUUGUAUUAGAAGUGGCUCACCGCGUGGAUCAAGAGGGCGUGGUGGCGGUUGACUCAGUAGUUGAGAAACUCAUUUUCAAACCCCAGGAUGUGGUAUCCAUUAGGGCUAAGGACUCCGACCUCGAAUACGCCACGCAUGACGUUUUCCAAACAGAUAGUGCUAUAUCUAGCAAGUUUAAUGGUGUCGCCGCUGGUAACGGCAGAACUGGUGAAGAACGAUAUUUGGAGCCUUGGGACGGCUGCGAUACAGAAGUAGGUGAGGCUCCACAGCUGAACGGAGACGCUCUACUCGAAGAUUUGGAGCUGGAUCAUCGCGCCAACGGUUGGGACGCGAACGACAUGUUCCGCAAGAACGAGGAGGUCUAUGGAGUGCACAGCACGUAUGAUCACUCUUUAGCUGGAUACACACUGCCGCUGCAGCGGAAGGAUACUCAGGAUUAUAGGGACGCGGAAGCAAAAGCAGAAGAGAUUGCGGCGGAGAUUGAGAACGCCGCGUCAUCGAAGGCUCGCAUCGAGCUGGAGAACGGAGACGAGGAGGAGAGGUUCGCGGCCGUCGUGCGACCGCAGGACGGGGCCUCCAGCGCUGGGAAAUACGUCAUUCCUAAUAGGAGGAAGAAUAUGCAGACUGGCAAACUAGUAAAACCCACAACGACAAACAACGGUGGUUCUCCACCGAUGGGCGCGGUACGGGCGGGCCCGGGCGCCGGGCCGGGUGCCGCGGCGCCGCCGCCCGGCCCCGCCGCCAACAAGGACAAGGAGCCACGCGCACCCAGGCCACAUCUCACUCCGCCCGCCGACCGUCGCCAGGACGACGCGCCUCUGAACGUCCCCAACAGUGCUGGCGGCAAGAGUUACGCGGCGCAGGCGGCGCAGGGACCUUACCAUGUACCGCCAUUCCCACAUGCACCGCACCAGCCUCCAAAUAACGCAAAUAAAGUGAACGGCGAGCCGCGACCGCCGCACCCACGGCAGGGAUUCCCACCCCACCACCCCCACAACCCAGUAGGUGGCGGCGAAGCACAUGGUCGGCCUCCACGUCACGAGCCCCGCCACGAGCCCCGCCACGAGCCCCGCCAUGAGCCCCGCCACGAGCCCCGGCGGCCCGAGGAAGGCGUGCAGGAGCUGCGCAAGUUCUCGCAGGACUUCAAGUUGAUGCCGACGCCGCAGCCACUGCCGCCACUACCGCAGCAUCCACAGCAGCCACAACCACCCAUCAAUGCUCAGCCACCCAGCCAGCCCCCGCCGGCGCCGAGUCCCCCCGAGGUGUCGGCCAACGCGUGCGCGGCGCCCGACCACAAGCGGGAGCGGCCGCCCAAACAACACACCCCGCCCGACCACCACAAGCAGAAUACACCGGCACCAAAAGGCGAGUCGCCUUCAGUACAAGAGGAGCGCUCGGCUCCGUCUGCUUCGCCUCCAUCGUCUGCAUCGCCAGGAAUGGAUCGCGUAGUCGCUAUCAAGAAAUCUACUCUCAACCCUAAUGCUAAGGAGUUUAACCCGGCUGCGAAGCCUUUCACACCUAGAAGUCCCAGCACUCCGAACCCAAGCCGUCCCCACACGCCAGGUACGCCAUCAGGCGUAGGCGUCGGCGUUGGGGUCGGCGUGGGUGGCGUAGGCGUGAACCUUGGCGGCGUGAGCGUGAUGGGCCCGGGCGUGAGCUACGUGUCUGCGCCGGUGCCGCCGCCGGCCAUGCAGUGCUACCCGCAGGUGGCGGCCGUGCCCUACGCCAUGAUGGCGGCCGCCGCCGCCGCCGCCCAGCAACCGCCCGCAUAUUUGCCGCAUCCACAUCCUGCGUUGGCAUAUGGAGCGAUGGGAGGCGGUGGCGGAGUCGCCGGCGUCACAGGCGGAGGUGGUCAGCCUCCUAUGCAGACGCAACAGCCCAGGAAUUUCCGUAAAGGUUCAGGCAUGCAGGUAGCGGCGGCGACGGGCCAGCCGCUGAUGGCGCCCGCCCCUAUGCAGCAGUUUGUGCCCUACCCACACCCACACCCCGCGCCCCACCCGGCACAGUCCGCGCUGCCAUACCCACACAUGGUGCGGAUGUACCACAGCGGCGUGGGAGGCUCAGUGGGCGCCGUGUCGGGCGUCGGCGGCGUGGGCGCCGGGGGCGCGCUGGGCGGCGGCGAGGUGGGCGGUGUGGGCGGCGGACAGUCGCCCGCGCACACCCCCCACCCGCACCCCCACCAGCACCCACACCCGCACCAUCAUUUCCAACAGCCUCCGUUUCAGGCGUAUCAUCAGGUGCUAUGUCCCUUGAUGGGUCCAGGGGGAUCUGGAGGCCACCACCACCACCACCAUCACCUUGCGUACCUGAAUCACGCGCCUCCCACCGCAUCGCCGCCGCAGCCUCACCCACACUCAAUCCAGGGCGUGCUGCUGCCGCCGAGCCACGGCGCGGGCCCGGCGCAGGGCGGCGGCGGGUCCACGACGCCGGGCGUGGGGUCGGGCGGCAGCCACGGGUAACGGGCGGCGACGGGCGUGGUGGUGGCGGCGCGACUGACGCGACUGACGCGGCUGACGCGCCUGACGCGGCUGACGCUGCGCCUGCAGCCCCGCCCCGACCGCCCCGCCUGACUCCGCCUCGCUCGCCCCGACAGCGUCGUUUCCUUGCCUCUACUUCAUAUUAUCGCGAGUGUAAUACCGACUAUCGGAUUUACGUGUAAAUAUUCGACCUAAGCUAUUCGUCGUCAUCGUUAAAUUUCAUUCGUAUCCGAUGUGUAACAUCACAGUGUUGCGAUACACGGACUGUGUUCCCUCACCACCUGGUGACAGUGUACACUAGGACCAGCCUGGAGGUCUCGUUGUGAAAGUAUUGCUGGACGGUAGUUUCCUCAUUUUGCUGCUGGCAGCGUCACGUAUAUUUUGCGGUUUUGUAGGAAAACAUAACAUUUCGCAGUAGCGAAAUGCAUUUUAAAUUAUUUAUAAAUAAAAAAUAAAUCUGACCUAAAUCAACUUUUUUACAGUAAAUUGGAAUUUUAAAAUUUAUAAAAGUGCACUUGCAAAGCUUUUUUGAUGUAAUAUUUGUAACAUAUGUCCGUAGAGACUUAUUUGUAAAGGGAGCGGAGCGCGUGAAACCUCCGGUAUAAAAGUUUCAUUGAACAAGCGCCCCCAUCCUUGCUGUACGUACUGUUACAGUUAGUAAGCAGAACAUUUUAAUAUUGUUUAUAUCAAAAUUAGCACGUAGACUAGGAGGCCUUCAUUUUUUAAUCGAGUGUCAUGGUUUGUCACGGAAUACCAGAAUACUUUUAGCGCCAUCAAUAAUAUUUGGCGAUAUUCAAGUAUUGCUUAGUACUCGUGACGAAUGUUUCGUGGUCUUACGAUCAGCUGGCGAGUCCCACUGGUGGUAAGGAAACGCGCGUAAUGUCUAUUCUCUGACUUUAAUACAACGUAAAGUAAUAACUUGUAUGCCUUCUUCGUAUCGAUACGUUUAUCGCAAUAAUUGAUGUUUAAUUGUCUUUCGUAAAUUUUUACUCGGUAUUUUCACGUGGCAACAUAUUUUCGGUUCCUUUUCAUUUGUUGCAUAAGUGACAUAUACUAAAAUACGGAAUUUUGUAUAAAAUAUUGAUAGUUUACCCCCAUCGUAAUGUAAAUGAAAGUUGAACAUUGUGAUAUAAACCAAAGAUAUGUACACAUCUUUAAUAACAUAGUUCCCAACUUAAAACGAAUAACAAUUGCAAAUAACUAUUAAGAGAUUGGUUCAAUUUUUCUAUAAACAAUCACAUUGUCACGUGAAAUCCCGAUAUUGUGAGUUAACUUCGAAAUAAUAUGAAUUCUGGCAAUACUUUCAAAGCAGUUGAAGGUGUUGCCAUACACAUGAAACUGUUAUAUAUAUUUUAGUUAGUUUUAGCAUGGCGGGGAAAUACAAAUGAUGUCGUAUGGUGUGUGUUUGUUGAUAUGUUGUAAGUGUAGAUAGAUCGUCUUGUACGGACGGAGAGAGGGUCGGCGGCGGCCCUGUGUAUUAUAAUAAACUAGAUAAUUCACUCUCUAUCAAAUUUACCGACGGGAAACAAGAGGGGUCCGAAACUAUCCUCUUUAUAUAUCUAUCGCGACACCUCGCCUGGGUGCAAGUCAGUUUUAUAUAAAAAAAGUAUAUGAAAAUAUAUCGAACUAAAUAUCAUAAUAAAGUUUGAUACAACUUAGCUGUAACGUAUUCAUAGAAUUUUAUAUUUAAUGUAUAAUAUGUGAAGGCAAGAUUAUCCUUUGUCUAGUAAUACAGUCGGGUCCCUCUUGUCGUCGGUCGGUAAGGUUAGUUCCCUCGUUGACGACUAUCGCCAUUCUGAGACAGCGGUCAGUUCGUUAUGUAUUUAUUUAGGUUUAGGGUUAUUAUUGUGAAGGUACCCUCCGCGAUUACAUAACUAAUUCCAAAGUGUCAAUUGCACUUUAAAUAUUAUUAAUUUAUAAAUUGGCAAAUAGUUUUAAAUUUCUUAAUGUCAAUGGUGGGCGGUGUUGCACGCGCCCGUCGAUUUGAUACUGUAACGACUUUCAUUGGACAGUUGAAAGUAAGAACAAGUGUCGGGACCAUCCUAGAUGCUCAAUGUUUACUAAGGUAUGAAUUUACUGUCUCACGAGUCAUUAGUUCUAUUUUAUUUUAUACAUUUGCAGCUUUUGAGAAGGCAACGUUUACUGUGUAGCUGGGCCGCGAUACGUGGCCGACUCCCUGAGAGUGCUCAUCCCCAGACUAUGGUUAUAAAAGAAUCAAUUGUUCGUUAAACAUUUUCUAUUAGCAUAUUUAAUAUGAACGUAGUAACUACGCCUUUUCAGAUUACACUGUUAGUGAAACUCAGCCUCAUAAUUGUAGUGUCGAGAACAAACUGUCAUUAGUCUGUGGAUUCCAUCCCUGUAGAGGUCACGGGGUGGAUUGCUGAACAUUUCUCUCACUAAUCACGUUUUAGGUACAUUUUAUUUGCCACAUAAAUGGCCAGUCUCUGUAAAUUCGCCAUUGUAAGAAACUUAUUGUUUUCAUUCAUUAGUCCCCUUUGUUCAAGCGUGACGGAUACAUUGUGCGAAUCCAAACGUUCUUGUAUACACAAGCUUUAUAUAAAUACACCCUUCAGUUGAACCGCCAGCAACUCGGUGCGCGAGGAUGAAUGAGAUGGACUAAACAUAUAAUUUUAAACAGAAUCUACAUAUUUUUCUUAUGUAAAAUUUGUAUAAUAGUAUUAUAUAACAUUACAAUUACAAAUAUAUUAUAAUUUUGAACUGAAUAGUUUACUGUGAUGAAGAAGGUAUUUUUGAAAGCCUACCAACCACCCGAUCGUUGUGAAUAUCAUUAUAAUAGUGAUGCUAUGAACUGGCGAAGUAUCCAGGCUUUCAAUCAUAUGUCACUGUCACGCGUAGUUUCAAGGAAUUGUAAUAGGAUGCGUUACAGACGCAAGUAGGUUUGACAAUAAAAAUAUAAACUUUGAUAGGUAGGUGUAAGGAUGUUAGGAUUGCAUAUACAUACAUAUAUACGACGAUACUGGCACUGUUCACAUAAAUUAAAGUCAGACUUGUCACAUAUGUACUUGUCAUAAUAUGUAUCAUACUCUGUUGUAUCAGUAAGGGUCACAAGAUUUGCACAAUCAGUACGUUUCCUCCCAUAGUUGUAGAGUUAUUUAUCGAUAAGUUUCUGCUUGAAUGGAGGGUCGUUAUACGCUUACUAAGUGUGGCAUCAAGGGGAGCUAAGUCCAUGACCUCCGCGCGGUGCUCCCUGGGUAGCGCCAAAUGUGGACGAUGACAUUCACAUUCUUUUAUAACAAAUUGAUCAACGGAAACCAUGGAGUGCUGCAGGAUUACUUUCAUACACAAAUUCGAGUUCUUCCUAUUCUUAUGUAUAAGCAUUCCUUUUGUAAAAAUUAUAGACGAACCAACUGUAUGUAUCACUCCCAAUGAGUUGCUCUGUUUCUAUGUACACCGCGUUUAAUGAUUUGUAGAUUUAACAUAGACAUAUUUAUAUAAACAGACAAUGAAUAUAACGUGUAUAUAGUGUAAAUAUAUUGAUAUAGAGAGGUAACUGGUGACCUUUCCCACAAACUUUACAUUCGUAUUUAUUUUGUGAUGUAUAAAGGUUUUUCGAACAUGUUAACUUGAAAAAAAAUCACAAAAAAAAAUGUUUUCGGGAAGGGCCUACAACAUCCGUACCACGUUCGUGACUGUAGAAUGUAAUAUAUUUCUUGAGAACAUGGUAUGGACUCUCGUCUACUGUUUUAUUUUCUUUUUUUUUCACAAUUUUUUUUUUCUUGUUUUAAUUUAAAUUUUUAUCGCGUGAGUGAAUCCACCGCGUAAGUUUGUUGCUAAAUGAGAGAUUGAUAAAUAAUAAAAAGAUGUAUGUGCGUGUGUUGAUUGUUGUGCGCCAUAUAAAUAUUAUCGAUAUAUUUUUUGUGUGGAGUGCCACGCCUGGUGGCACAGACAUGUUUAUGUUUAGCUAGGAAUAUACCUUUUCUUAUUUUCUCGUGAAAUUUGUACGUGCUUACGAAAAGACGUUCGAGUUCCUUUGGCCACAUAAUAUUAUAAUGGUUGUGGUGUAAAUUUUUAUAAGAUUCUCAUGUUAAGAGCAACGAUAUUCCAAGCGCCGAUGGUAACGCACAUUUAUCUCAAACUAUUGAUUUCAAUGUAGAGGAAUGGACAAAUCAGAGAUCUGAUUGUGGACGGCCAUCCCCGAUAUAUGUAUGUAAUUAAAAUAAAACGAUCAAGCCGUAAAGGCGGGCGUAAUGUCGUUGAAUCUAGGAUGAAGGAGUAACUCCAUUGUGCCUUUAUCAAUGGUGACAUGUGACUAUCACGACUUGUGUCUACUGAACUGUGACGUAUCAAAGUAAACGGUACUGAUAUUUAUAUACUGAGUGAAUAGAAGUUGUUCAGACAUUAUUAGGUCACAUUCCUAAGUCAGUUGAACUAAAUCGGCACAUACAUUACAUUCCACUAAUAUGCCAUAUCUACUUAUGGAGUUAAAUGUUUAAUUCCCCAAUAUAGUGUUCACAGUUCUAAUAAUACUAAUACACAGGUUAGUCUAUUAUUACGAUACAACUUCGCGUCCUUUGCUGUCUGACGUCACAGGCCUGAACAACUACUAUUUACUAAUUUUGCUUUGAAGCAAGUGGCAAUGAUACUGACGUACUUGUGUUAAUUUCGCGUAAAAUUGACUUUAGUUGGAUAUUCCUUGCUCGGAGGCUGCUAGCCGAGGCCACUCGGCACCGACGAUUGCCACUUGACAACUAGCACGACUGACUCUUUAAAUUAUCACUUCAACAAUAAUCACGUUACAAAUGAUAAUUUAAGAUUCAGUCCACAAUGAGAGCAGCUCAUACAUUUUUACCUCGUAUAAGGCACUUUCCUUUGUGUAAAUAUUUGUUACCGACUCAAUGUCGGCGCUGCUGAUUCGUAAAACCAUUGUAUGUAUAGAUAAAUUCUAUGAAAUUGCCUUAUAAAUGUGUGUGUUGGCCCCCACUGGGGGGACAUUGUGAGGAUGUUACCAACGUGUAUGGACCUACUACUUGGAAGUUACAAAAUGCUAAUUUAAUUAUCUAUUACAGAUAUAUCCGAACGCCGCGUUCAUAUUGUGGGUAGCAUUUUGGUAACAUUUCGGUAUAGGAGGUGUAAAUUAUGUAAAGACUGAAGGGAAAUAAUGUGUGCGGAAGGGAGCAGACAUAAUGUAAAUUGGUUUUUAUAGGAGUGAUAAACAAAGAUAUAUUGUAAUUUGUUUGAUGCGGAUCGGUAGAAUUUGACGCUUACACAAGAUUAUUUAAAAGCUUUCGAGCUACAAAGUAAUGAGCUGAACUUAAUUACCAGCUAGAGUUUUACUGAUUCAUGUCAAAUUCGAUAUUGUAUAUUGCUGCUUAAUUCCGCUUGUUGAUGAAAGAUUUGAUUUGUGAAAAAGUGCUUUUUAUUUGUGAGCCCCGCGAAGGGCGUGUGAGCAGGAAUGUGCCAAAGUGGUAUGGCAUCGUUUAUUGUUUGUUGGACACGCUAACACCUGUGUCAACGAAUAUUUUUCAAUAAAAAAGUUAAAAAAAUGUGUUUCAAACACAACA